AUGAAAGGAAAUUGGUCAAUCGUCCGUCAAGUUUACCAGCGCCGCUUCUCCAUAAUCCGGUCGUCGCGAUCCUCCGCGUUGUCCAGUUCUGCCCGAUCGCUUAAUCUGUCCCCAAACUCGAUGUCGUCGCAGAUCUCUGGAAGCUCGGUGUUUGCUGCCUCCACCUUUACCACUUCCACUGAGCUUAAUUUCUCCAACAACACUUCUCUUUCUCACCGGAGGAGCAUCUGUUCGGCAGCUGGAGGUGAAAACGGUGUUAUUAUAGUGAAAUCAGAGGAAGAGUUCACCAAUGCAAUGAGCAAAGCUAUAGAUGGAUCUUUACCGUCGAUCUUCUAUUUCACUGCCGUAUGGUGUGGACCAUGCAGGCUCCUCGCCCCUGUAAUCGAGGAGCUUAGUAAACAAUAUCCCGAUGUAACAACGUAUAAAAUCGACAUUGAUGAGGGUGGGAUUUCAAACGCUAUCAGCAAGUCGAAUAUCACUGCUGUGCCAUCAUUGCACUUUUUCAAAGAAGGCUCGAAGAAAGCCGAGAUUGUGGGUGCAGAUGUACCAAAGCUGAAGAAUCUCAUGGGAGAGCUCUACAAGUGA